ACUGGAGGUUGACUCGUAUAAAGCAGCUAAAGUAACUAUAUACAACCUAGAUAGCUAUAAUCCAAAUCAAACAAAAACUCACGUCCGCAAAAAAUUUAAAACCCAGCAACAUAAAAAAUUAAACUAUAUAUGCAGUAAAAGAUAUUUAUACAGCAACCUAUCUAGUUAGUGUAUGUAAUAUAGGAAACUGAAUUCAUAGUCAAAGUUUCGUGUUUGUCAAAUUUUGACGUGUUCUUCGAUAUCUGCUGUCAUUAUUUUCUGAGUUGCUUCUAGUGUGAAGACGUCUUUAAAAGUUUCCAUAUUUUCAUCGACUUAUUGAGAAUAAAAAUCAUGAAUGGUCAAAAUAAAAUGGAUGGUUCUUCAUCAAAGGGAAUUAAACGUACCGCACGUAUGCUUUCGCCUUGUGAAAAACUAAAUGCCGUGUCUCGUAUACGUAAUGGUGAGACGAAAGCAUCCAUAUCUCGUGAAAUUGGUGUACCGGAGUCAACGUUGCGGGGUUGGUGUAAAAAUGAGCAAAAACUGCGAGAAACCUGCAGUCAAAUGACUUCCAAUAACGUCACCGUAUCUGGUAUGGAAAAUUAUCAAGUAAAACGUCAAAAGUUACAAUCUCAAAUACCUACAUUAUCAUAUCCAAACCCUAUGUUGGAUGGUAUAAAUACUAACCUUGUUAACAAUCCAUUUAGUUUAAAUGGGAUCUAUUCCACUCCUAAUAACAACGGUUUUGGGACUGACUUUGGGAAUGAUUCAUUCAAAAACUUUCUAAACAUGUCCAGUGUACCAAAUGGUUCUGCAGCGUCUAGUUCUGAUGCAGGUAUGCAACGUUCUAUAAACGAUAUGGUUAAUGUGGGUCAACCAAGUGAAGUUCAGACUUCUAAUCUACCAUAUGAUCUAACAUCAAUUUUCAAUCCGACGCCAGAAUCGGAAGGUGAAAAUAAAGCUUUCUUAGUAGAAUGGUGGAAAGUUUUUUACACCAAUUUGUCUCUAUUGGGUAGUACAAUCUAUACCACCCCAUCGAAAGAUGAACAAGAAGACAUGCAAGCAAACGUAAUGGGUAAGGAACAGACUUCAAAUAAUGGUCAAGAUUUUCAGCAAGAAAACUAUCCUACCCCACCGAAAAGUCUUGAAUGAAUUCUUCAAAACUUGAUUAACCAAUUUUCUAAUUCAAACUUAAAUAAAUAAAUUACUCAAUCAAAGCAUAAGUGGCAAAAUAUUGAAAAAAAUGUAAUUGUGAAGUUCAUUCAGCGGAGCCUUGAAGUUUUAACUAAUUACCAAAGCUGCCACCCUAAUUAACAAAUUCAUUGAAAAACCAUCAUUUGAUUAUUAUAUGAAAACCAUUAUAAUUAUUUAACAUAUAAAAAUAUUGAAUUACCUUAUUUACCUUAAAUUAACUUACCUUAUGAAUAAA